GGUGAAAAUGGAGUGCCAAUAUUUUCUGAAUAUAGAAAACUUAACGCAGAGGAAAAAGAUAAAUAUGUAAAGGGAAUGGAAACCUAUCAGUUUAAUGAAUUCAUAAGUAAUACUAUUUCUCUUCAAAGAACGUUACCGGACGUUCGAAAUUCAGCUUGUCGAAGCAAGCAGUAUCCAGAAUUACCUCAAGUAUCUAUCAUUAUUACAUUUUAUAAUGAAGCCUGGUCAACACUAUUACGAACACUGUAUAGUGCCAUAAACAGAGCACCAACAGAGUUGAUAUACGAAAUCCUUUUGGUUGACGACAAUUCUAACUUAGACCAUUUGAAAACACCACUUGAAGAAUAUCUGGUGGCAAACUUACCACAAGUAAAAUUGAUACGUAGUGAUACAAGGAUAGGUUUAGUUAGAGCGAGGUUAAAGGCCGUAGAACAGGCUAAAUUCGGAAUACUGGUGUUUUUAGAUUCCCAUAUUGAAUGUUUUCAAGGUUGGUUAGAACCUUUGAUAGAACCACUGUUAAAAAAUCCACAAACCAUAGCCACCCCCAUUAUUGAGAUGAUUGACUAUAAAACGUUUGGUUUGGCCAACUCCGGUGAAGGUAUGAUAGGAACACUCAAUCUACCUACCAUGACGUUUGAUUGGAGUAAGGCUCCCAGAAGAAUUUUAGAUAUGAGAAAAUCACCAGAUGACUACUAUUUAUCACCCACAAUGGCUGGAGGAUUAUUUUCUAUCUAUAAAGAAUAUUUUAAAGUUCUGGGAGGCUAUGAUGAGAACCUAGAACUGUGGGGUAGUGAAAAUCUUGAACUAUCAUUUAAGACGUGGAUGUGUGGCGGUAACAUAUUAAUCAAUCCCUGUUCUCAUAUCGGUCAUAUAUUCCGUCCACACUCACCCUAUCUUAAUGAAACUCACAAAGAUACUAUCGUAAAAAAUAAAGCCCGAGUAGCGGAGGUUUGGUUAGAUGAUUAUAAGAACUAUUUUAUUGAAAUUGAAAAGGUUGAUCAGAGUAAAAUAGGUGACGUUAGUGUCCAAAAGAAAUUAAAAUCUGAUUUAAACUGCAAUGAUUUCGAUUGGUAUAUAAGAAAUAUAUAUCCUGAACUUUACGUACCUGGUGUUGGCCCUCAGUUUGGCGAGGUAAGAAUUCUUCUUCAGCUAAUGGAGACUGAAGUCGACCUAGCAGAUAGAAUCUAA